AUGUCGGUGUAUGCGAAAUUUUUGAAGGACAUUGUCUCAAAUAAGAGAAGCACGGGAAGAUUCAACACGGUGGCAUCGACACAAGAAUACAACACUAUAAUUCCACCAAAGAUGCGCGACCCAGACAAUUUUACAAUACCCUGCUCAAUAGGAGGAAUUUACAUUGGUCAAGCAUUAUUCGAUCAUAGGGCAAGCAUAAACUUAAUGCCCCUUUCAAUUUUCAAAAGAUUGAAUGUGGGACAGCUAACACCCACAAUGGUGACUCUUCAACUCGCCGAUAGAUCCUUGGUGCACCCUAAAGGGAAAUUAAAGGAUGUCUUGGUAACAAUAGAUAGAUUCAUUGUCUUAGAUUAUAAGGCGGAUAAAGAUGUUCCAAUCAUAUUAGGACGACCAUUCUUGCCUACUGGUCGUGCUCAAAUAGAUGUGCACAAGAGAGAAAUCACAAUGAACAUCAAUGGAAAGAAGCUCAUAUUCAAUAUUAUCAAGGCAAUGAAGUUCCCAGAUGAGGAAGGCUUAUGA